AAAAUUGAAAUCUCCGUUCUCUCGUUAGAUGAUGUCAUACUGCUGGAGUACAGCAAUGGGGCUGGUUCAUAUGAGCAAAGAGAGGAGGAGUGGACCUGUAUCUUCUCACGAAAACUGAGCGCAAAUGUGUUGGUAUCCCAAAGACCCCUUUGUUCGAUUUAAUCAGAAUAAAUCUUUGUAUAGCCUUUAUUUUUGUCUUUAUUGAAACAACACUGGAUCCAAUGAAAGAAAUGGAUUGGCGAGAUUAGGAUUAGGCGCUCACUUCACAGCGAUGCCUCCGCAGGGUGUUGGAGAGUAUAAACCUGUUACAGGCACAACAGUCCCACCGGUACCGCCAAGAAGAUUUCGUAGUAGGAAUUUAUGCAAAAAGACCCGUUUCGCGUCCGCGGCAGAGCGCAAGGUGAAAUGUGUACUCGUGGGCGACGGUGCUGUUGGUAAAACUAGUCUAAUAAUCAGUUACACUACCAAUGGAUAUCCCACGGAGUAUGUCCCGACAGCUUUUGACAAUUUUUCAGCGGUAGUAGCUGUUGAUGGCAAGCCUGUAAAACUGCAGCUCUGUGACACUGCAGGCCAGGAUGAGUUUGACAGGCUGCGGCCUCUGUGCUACACCAACGCUGAUGUCUUCCUGCUGUGCUUCAGUGUUGUCACACCCUCCUCCUUCCAGAAUGUACGGGAGAAGUGGGUCCCAGAGAUCCGACGGCACUGCCCACGAGCCCCCAUACUUCUUGUGGGAACCCAGGCUGACCUCCGCCAGGAUGUCAAGGUUCUCAUUCAGCUGGCCAAGUACAAAGAGCAGCCAGUGGAACUGCAGGAAGCUUGUGCGUGUGCUGAGGAGGUGCAUGCCGUGUCCUACAUGGAGUGCUCAGCGCUUACCCAGAAGAACCUGAAAGAGGUGUUUGAUGCAGCCAUAUUGGCUAGCAUCCAACACAUGGACAUGCAGCAGCAGAGGAUAGCAAAGCGCACACCCAAUAAGAUGAGGACGCUCUCUGAGUCCUGGUGGAAGAAAUAUUGCUGCAUGGCAUAAAGCAACCUUUAUGGAUACAUGCAGCUUUUAGUGUUGUCGUGGUCAAACUGCCAUUUAAUUAGGGGAAGGACAUGAAACUUACUUCAUCAGGGUUUGCUUGGAAAUGUUUCUUUUUAUGAAUAGAAAGUAAAAUGUUCCUGGAAUUUAGUGGGAUCACUGCACUGUAGAAGAGAUGAGUGAGAUGGAAAGAUUCACCGCAAACAAUCGCUACACCCUUCCAUUCUUUACAAUAGAAGAUAUAAAGCCAUCUGUUCUGAGAUCAGUUGCCUGAAUACAGUUUAAGCCUUCCUCAGAUUGGACAUGCUCUGAGAAAUAAACUGUCCAAUUCUUUUUUGCAAUACAAUAAAGUCUUUAAAGCUCUCCAUAGGCAUCCAGUUGUACACUGUAAAGGUUAAUUCAACAUUGGUGUUUUUCAGUGCCUCAAAUGCAUUAAGAUAUCCCUGUAAAUUUCCUCUUACAAUCAGACUGCCUACACUGUGAAAUAGCAAGUCUCUUUGGUUGUCCGAGCAAGACUUAAUUACUUUACAAAUGCAUAUUUAUGUUAUGCUCUUUCCUUCUCCAUGAAUGUAUUGCUAAAUCCUAAUUAAAUAAACGGGAUGAGUGGCCAUCCUAAAGCUGGGAUAUUUUAGUUUUUCUCUUGGUAAGUGUCCAAAGCUUGUGUACAUCAAUUUAUAGAAUCAUUCAAUUGCUAUUUCUCACAAACCUUCACUGCAUUUUACAACAUAGAUAUUCUGGAACAUCAUCAUUUGCUUAAUUUCUGAGUUGUCAAACCUGCUAAGUCAGUUAUUUUAAGAGUUAAUCCAGAACUUCUAUUCAAAAUAUAUCAUAAGGUUGUAGUCAUUAAGGUGAGCUAACUAUUCAGUAGGCAAGUUCAGGUUUGUGUUUGGUCUGUCCCUUGGCUAUCUGGGGCUCAUUAAUAAAUGUCACCAUAGCAGAAGUAGGUGAAUUGUUUGUUUCAUCAGCGCUAGAAUUAAAAAGAGGGUGAAUGAUUUGUAAUGUCUUCAGUCGUUGAUUACAAAACAAAGAAUGUCAUGUAAAAUCCAGAAAUAGUACAGAUUGGUGACCCAUGUAGCACCUUACCUAAUCCUUGCAGAAGGCCUUAUUAAUGAUGGUGCACACUGGUCAUGAUUCUUUCUAUUACUGGUACUGGAUGUAUAAUUGCCUGAACUGACAUGGACAGUGGAAUGUAAACAACUUCAUAAAGUGCCCAAAAUGGUUUAUGUCUGUCUCAGGUAAAGCAGCAUCACAAAAGUGUAGAAUUCCAGUGUUGUUUAAUAAUCUUUGGAUAAAGAGACCUUUGCAUUAAAAAAUUGUUUGUUUGUUAA